AUUGUCUCAGGAAUCGCGACAACCUGCCGGGCGUCCGACGGCACCGACCCAUCACACGAUGUCCGGGGAAGACACCGCAGCACCGCAGGUCUUGGAGGACCUGCCGGGCGUCCUCAAGCUCCUCAGCGACGGCUCGGUCGUCCGCGGCGACGAAGCCGUGCUCUGGCCAGAGGACCCGUUGCCGGACGUCCCCGGCGUGCAGUGGAAGGACGCCCAGUACCACGCGCCGCGCGGCCUUAGCGUCCGCGUGUACAGGCCGUCGUCGUCGGUGACGGAAGCCGGCGGCCCUAAGCUCCCGGUGCUGGUGUACUUCCACGGCGGCGGCUACUGCCUCGGCUCCUUCGCGCAGCCACACUUCCACACCUACUGCCUCCGCGCCGCCGCCGAGCUCCCGGCGGUCGUGCUGUCCGUCCAGUACCGCCUCGCCCCCGAGCACCGCCUCCCCGCGGCCAUCGAGGACGGUGCGGCUUUCCUCUCCUGGCUGCGCGACCAGGCCGAGCUCGGCGUUGGCGCUGACCCCUGGCUCGCCGAAACGGCCGAUUUUGGCCGGACGUUCAUCUCCGGCGCAUCGGCGGGCGCCAACCUGGCCCACCACGUCACGGUCCAGGCCGCCUCGGCGCAGCGAGACGUCCACCCGGUGCGCGUCGCCGGGUACGUCCUCAUCUCUGCGUUCUUCGGCGGCGCCGAGCGGACGGCGACGGAGGCCGACCCCCCGGCGGACGUGUCCCUGACGGUCGAGGGAUCCGACAUGUUCUGGCGCAUGUCGCUGCCGGUGGGGGCGAGCAGGGACCACCCGGUGGCCAACCCGUUCGGCCCGGAGAGCCCCAGCCUUGCGUCCGUGGAUCUCCCGCCGGUGCUCGUGGUGGCGCCGGAGAGCGACGUGCUCCGCGACCGCGUGAUGGGGUACGCCGCGAGGCUGAGGGAGAUGGGGAAGGCCGUGGAGGUGGCCGAGUUCGCCGGAGAACAGCACGGGUUCUCUGUCCUCCGGCCGUUCGGCGAGGCGGCCAACGAGCUGAUGCGUGUCCUCAAGCGGUUUGUGUACGCAGGUACCACACGUAAUACGUCCACUGAUGGUUGAAGUGUUUGGUGAUCUCCUGAUUCUCGUGUGGCAAAUCGUUUGGAUUUUUACUUACUUCAAUAAUGUAAAUCCGGCCACGCAACCUAAUGAACCAUUUGAUGGAAGAACUGCAUUCUGGAAGAGGUCUGAAAAGUGAAAACCGUAUGUGAGAUGUUCUGUGUUGUCUUGUCUCA